AUGUCGGUUGCAACGAUGCUACAACCCGCUUCCAGAACUUCUACCUCCUCGUCCUCCUCUUUCCAACCUAUGACGCGCCAGAACACUAUGUCGUCCCACGAUACGCGGUCUCUCCGCCAAUCGAAGCGGAUGUCCAUGAAUGCGCUAUACAUGUCGAUGUCGGCAAAGGAUAGAGAUUUGGAAAUUUCGGAUGACCUAGCGAGAGCCCAGAAGUUUUUGCAAGAGCUGAAGACGAAUAUUUCCUCGCAAUCGAAGAAGAACUUUGUUCUGGAAAAGGAUGUCCGGUACCUGGAUUCUCGUAUAGCGCUGUUGAUCCAGAAUCGUAUGGCGCUAGAAGAGCAAAACGAAGUCGCCAAUCACCUCGACGAAGUCUUGGAUCCUCAGGAAGGAUUCUUCCCUAAUGAUGACAAAACUCAGAAGUAUGGCAAUCUGCUAUUUCUCCUUCAGUCAGAGCCGCGUCAUAUCGCCCAUCUUUGUCGACUAGUUUCCAUGUCCGAGAUUGACUCCCUUCUCCAAACGGUUAUGUUCACAAUCUACGGAAAUCAGUACGAGAGCCGUGAAGAACACCUGCUUCUCACCAUGUUUCAGUCUGUUCUUACUUAUCAAUUUGAUAAUACACCGGAAUACUCGUCCCUCUUGCGCCAGAACACUCCGGUCUCACGCAUGAUGACUACAUAUACGCGACGUGGGCCUGGUCAAAGCUAUCUUAAGCAGGUUCUAGCCGAUCAAAUCAAUUCUCUAAUCGAACUACGUGAUGUCGACUUGGAGAUCAACCCGCUGAAGGUGUACGAGACUAUGGUGAAGGAGAUUGAAGAGGAGAACGGAUCACUGCCUGAUUACCUUGCAAGGUCUGUUACGGCGGAAGCCGCAGCGGAGAACAAGCAAGUACAGGCCAUCAUUGAGCCGCGCCUGAAAAUGCUCACUGAGCUAGCAAACAGAUUCUUGUCAACGAUCAUAGAUCACGUGGACGAAGCCCCGUAUGGCAUUCGGUGGAUCUGCAAGCAAAUUCGAAGUUUGUCUCGUCGCAAAUACCCAGACGCGCAGGAUCAGACGAUCUGUACCCUCAUCGGUGGAUUCUUCUUCCUCCGCUUCAUCAAUCCCGCCAUUGUCACUCCGAGGUCGUACAUGUUGAUAGAGUCAACGCCAACGGAGAAGCCCCGCCGCACGCUCACAUUGAUCGCCAAGAUGCUCCAAAAUCUAGCAAAUAAGCCCUCCUAUGCAAAGGAGCCCUACAUGGCGAAACUGCAACCCUUCAUCGAGCAGAACAAGGAACGAGUCAACAAAUUCAUGCUUGAUCUGUGCGAGGUACAGGAUUUCUACGAAAGCUUAGAGAUGGACAAUUAUAUAGCUCUAUCCAAGCGUGACUUGGAGUUGCAGAUCACUCUCAAUGAGAUGUAUGCUACGCAUGCAUUGUUGGAGAAACACAAUGUGGCCUUGGCUCAAGAUCAGCAUUCUCAUCUCCAUGUGUUGUUGCAGGAACUCGGGACAGCACCGCCUCAGGUUCCACGCAAGGAGAACAGGACUAUUACAGUUCCCCUGUUCAGCCGCUGGGAAACCACUGCAUUGGAUGAUUUGACUUCGGCCCUUGAUAUCACCCAAGAGGAAGUGUUCUUCAUGGAAGCCAAAUCCACAUUCGUUCACAUCUUGCGUUCUUUGCCCCCCGACUCUCCAGUUGCCAGACGCCCUCUCCGCCUUUACCGCAUCGCAGAGGCAGCGGCGACCUCGAAGACUGGCGACGCGGCCAUGGUCAAGAAGGGCAUUCGCACCAUGGAGCUGUUGAGUCAACUCCAAGAGAUGGGAGUGAUCGACCGAUCGGACGAUUUCAGCCUUCUCCGCGACGAAGUGGAACAGGAACUGGUGCAUCUGGGGUCCUUGAAAGAAAAGGUAUUGGAAGAAACUAAGAAGUUGGAAGAAGUCUUCGCCACCAUCCGCGAUCACAACGCCUACUUGGUGGGUCAGCUUGAAACAUACAAGUCAUACUUGCACAACGUCCGCAGUCAAUCGGAGGGCAAGCAGCGAAAACAACAGAAGCACCAAGAGCUUGGACCCUACAAAUUCACCCAUCAACAACUUGAGAAAGAAGGCGUUAUCCGGAAGAGUAAUGUUCCUGAGAACCGAAGGGCGAACAUCUACUUCAUGUUCAAGAGUCCCUUGCCAGGCACCUUCGUCAUUAGCCUUCACUAUAAAGGUCGUGCACGUGGCCUUCUGGAGCUUGAUCUCAAGCUUGACGAUCUACUUGAAAUGCAGAAGGAUAACCAGGAAGACCUGGACCUGGAGUACGUGCAAUUUAAUGUUUCGAAGGUCCUCGCACUUCUGAACAAACGAUUUGCACGGAAGAAGGGCUGGUAG